AUGGAUGAGGCGCUCUAUCGCUUGAGCUCUGCCACAAUCACAGAUAGAAACAAAGGGAUUAAAGAAUUUAGCGACUUACUCUCAAACCCUUCAAAAUUUAAAAAAUGUUCAGACUCUACCUGGGCUUGGAUAACGUGUCAGCUUCUCAACACGAUGGAAGUGGAAAGAUUGGCAUACCACAAGCCUUCCAAGACCGCGAAGAGCACAUCCACUAGGUCUGCUUGUUUGGUUUGUCUCGAUCAGAUGUUGGGCCUGCUUCAAACAUGUGUGUCACAACAUAAAUCAGCAAUGGGCGCAAAAACUUCGAAGCUACUGUUUCCUCGAGUCAUCGACCUCAUCACUAUCAUAUAUCAGCUGAAAGAAUUCCAACCCACCACCAUAGACUGUAUCCGCAUUAUGCGUGAUUUUUUCUCUCACUCCUAUCAUUUUGCGCACUUGAAUAUCUCAAAAUGUUCAACAUUGAUUUGUCUGUGUUUUGCAUUGUUACUGGGCAAGAAGAUACCCAAAACACUUCUUUUGGUUCCAAAUUCUGAAUUCAACGAUGAAGAAGUGAGAGUCGCGUCACGGCCAGUCCCUACCAUGUUGGCUGAUUGCACUUGGCUUUUAUCACUCAUCACCAAAUCGCCAACAGAUCUGACCAUCACGCACUCUAAGACACUUCUCCAUCACUUUAAGUCUAUUCUUCAAACCUAUCCUGAAAAUUCUACAUCACAUUUCCAUUUGAUCUCUGCUUUAUGUGCAAUGUUGGAAGAACUAGAGUGCAACCAGAUUUCCGAUUUGACCCACUUCGCCACCGAUUUGUGGAACUGCGUGAUGGAUUACUGGACUACAAAGUCUUCUGAAUGCAAAGAAAGGAUCAUACUUGCCCUGACCUACCUUUUCCCAUUCAUCGUUUGGAUCAUCAAACAACCUAGCUCCGAUGAAUCUGAAGAAGCUUCUGCAAUAGCCGAAACACUUGCGAGAAAAAUUUUCCAUGCUGUUGUAAAUGAUACGGACAGAGUUGGACUCAAUACUCUCUCAUCUUCACAACUUCGCUUCACAGAAGCGCUCAGUGGAAUGAAAGUGACGCCACUCAGUACAAAGACUUGGGCUUGGGUCUCACUUGAUCCUUCUGAUGAUAUUGCUCAACGUCAUCGAGUUACUUCGUGGGCUUCGCUACAACUGGGCGCUGCUGCUUUGAAAUCUUUGAGUCAACAGCUUGAAGACAAUCUCGAUAUGUUCCUUCAAACAAUGAAGCAAGGUCAUUCGUCACCAAGUAUCAUACGUCGACUUCAACUUGUGAUAUUCGCUAUCGACUUGAAUUGGACUACAAUUCACGCAAGCGCCAAGUCGCAAAUCAUCCACUCCAUCCUAGACCUGAUGAACUCGGAGAAUACGGAAAUUCUAGAUUGGGUCUUUCUAUGUAUCACCAACCUCUCCUUUACACAUGAAAUAGUCAAUAAUUCCUCCAACGGAUCACAGACCAAUCUACUCCAAGAUGGGGGCCCUACGUCUGACCAAUGGUUUGAUAUGUGGAAAUGUGCGAUCCGCAGGACCUCCACUCCACAAUGCAGUCGUACGGCGAGCUACGCAGCCUUGCUGAUCUUAAAAAACGGACAUCUUCCUAAUCAUUUGAUGUAUGACGGCAUCAAAACUUUCUUCAGUGAUUUAUGCGUACAAGGUCCAAACUUCCCGAAUGACUCGGUUUGUUUGUUGGUCUCGGAGUGUUUGUCAAUGACAGCUGGGGAUAUGGCCUUCUCUGGAUUUCUUUUUGAAGAAAAGGUGCUCAUUUGGUUAUCAAAGACAUGGCGGAAAGUCGACUCUACCACAGCGGUCGAGAGCGCCUCGACUGGUGCAAGAUCCAAAAAGGCGGUUAUGACUGUUUUUCAUCCAGAGUCAGCAAUGGCCCUUCUACUAUGCUUGACAAAAAUGAAGAGAUUACCUCGGCUUGGUUACUCUUGCAUGGUCCUCAAUUGUCCACUGGUUGAAUCACUCAUCUACAGAGAUGACACUCGGGCGAUUAGAGCCUUAUCAAAUCAUCAAGAAGUGGUUGAUUUCAAUCACAUCUCGUCAUCUAUACCAUCAUCAGAGUCAUUGUUGAGCUUGCGAGUUCCUUUAUCCGAUUUACGCGACGUAGCCGAUCUACUUCCGGGGUCAGAAAUCCAGAACAGAAUCUCCGUUAUACUGGCCCAAUCUAUUGAUAGUGUGAUUGGUCAAAUCUUUGAUACUGAACCGCAGCGACUGAAUUCUGCUUCCGGUUCUGUGACCAGCAUUCAAGUAGCAAUUGUGAAUGAGGCUCUCGAGGCUCACACUUGGUCCAUUACUCAAUUGGUGAUUUUGUUAUCGUGCUUUGAGCCUAUCCUCCUUCUCUCUCCAGAAUCCAACAAUCAAGUAUCAAAACAUAGUCUUCUAUCCCCUGGGUUGGCCUUGGGUCUACCUCGUCACAAGCUCGCCGAUUCAAAAGCAACCCGUUCAACUCGCACAACUCUGGCAUCUGAGCGGUUUUUGCCCAUGCUCCCUGACCGCAGCCUGAUCACUUCCAUUUGGACUAUUUCAGCCGACCUUCAAGCUCAGUUUCUCAACUUCUCUGAAAUUUGUGAACGUAUAUUACGCAGUGUCAACUCAGCCCCGGGCGCCACCGAAGUCAACCUUACAAGUACCCAAAUAGGGGAAAGGGCAGUAGGAUUUGAUGACAACAAUGAUGACAACUCUGACACCGACAUGCAAGUCAACUGCCGGGACUUCUUGGAUGGAAAGUGUUCCUUCAAAACAGAGCUGGGAGGGUCUGGAAUGAAGAGAACGAUUAAAUCAAUUGUCGAUGUGUGCGUUCGUGUGCUCAUGACCGGAGCUAGCGUGCAGGUCGGCAGUGAUAUGUCAAAUACGAUAGACAUACCUGUCAUUGCUACUAUCCUCACAGAGUGCUCAGGUACAGCUAUUGAGCUCAUUGGACUGCGGGUCAUAGAGUGCAUUGAUGUCAGCCUGAUGUCACUGACAGAGGUCCAAUCAGAUCAGCUAAUUCAAUAUGUGGGUGAAAGAUACAUGGUGCCUUACGCGUAUUCGCACAAUAUGUACAUUCAAAUCUUUGCAAUCCGCCUCUUGCGCGUCAGCUUACAUCAUUGGGCUUUGGGAAAGCAGACCAAACAACUUCAGUUAGAUCAUCAUGCUUGGACGCUUUUUUCGCAUUUUCUCGGCCUACUGUCUCAAAAUACAAUGCACUCAGAGGCUCAGCUUGAGUUGGCCCUGCUGCUUGACGCUUACUUAGAAUUUGAUCCAUCCCAAGAAAUUUGGAAUAAGAAGUCCACCACAUAUCUUCUGAAGGCUUUACAAGGCAACCUGAGGCUACCUAUUGACCUCCUCAUAGAUCAUCUUCAACAUGAUAACAUUCAAGUUCGAUAUGCUGCCGCAUUCUUAAUUCCUCAUGCUUUUGAAGUCUUGCACUCCAUCAACGUGUGGGAUCGGGUCGCAUCUUAUUGGUCAACUGCAAUUGAUUUGACACAUACUUUUGAUUAUGAAUACUCGGUUACCACAUCACUUUUCUUCGCCAACGUCUUGCUAGUAAGCGCUGAAUCGCGACCACAAGCGUACCAGAUGUUGAUCAGUAACGUGACGGAGAAGGCGGAGACUUCGGAGCAGGUGCUUUGUCGUUCACUCAUAUACACACUGUUGAAAUGUGCUUCUCAUUGCCUCGGCUUUUCGGGGCCUGACAAGCUUUAUAAGUUGUAUGCUGCUCAUAUUGCUGCAGAACGGCAUACUAUGAACAAAGAACCACUGCAUCCACAACACAACUUCAUCGGCAGAGAUCUGAAUGAUUUCAAGAAGCUCAAAGUCAUCCGCGCAAAUCUUCAUGCUGUCGGACCCUUAUUUUAUCUCAAUGACGACACAUCUGCAUUUCAAACUUGUGCUCAGCUCGCUGGCAUGAACACAAGGGAAGUGUUGCGUCUGUGUUUUCCUCGAGUUGCUGGCGAAUUGAUAGCACGGACUUUUCAAAGUCAUGAUGGUGGAGGAAAAGAGCAAGCCGGCCAGAUCAUCUUACCAAUGCUUAAACUUGCCACCUCCCAAUGUGAGCUCGAGAUCGAUAUGCUCAGUGUUGAGAGAGAUUGUGUGGCUACUUACUUGAUGUUAACGUCAUCUGCAACUCUGGCUGAUACAAAGAUGGUUGCUGAUACGUUGGGUCCAGAAGCUCAGGACUUAUAUUCAGCUCUCAGUUCAACACUAGAAACUUGCUAUUUGACUGAACCCGCCUUGCCGUUCUGCCCAAUUCUCUCCAAUGGAUUCUUACAUCUUUUCUCAGAAGAGGUUACAUUUGUACCUGUGUGCACACUUGCAAAGUGGAUCAUCGAGAAGAUAAUCCAACUGGAACGUCCCCCGGAGAUUGGCCAUCAAGAGCAGAAUACCUUUACUCAGAGAUUGAUAAUCGCCUGCGUCAAAAAAGUUUUGAUCGUUGCUAAUUCAGGGACGCCGGAAGACCGCAAUGUUUCUAUUGCAAAGGAGUUCAAUGAGUGGCUUCUUGCCCAGGUCAAUUUGAUAUGUGAUUCAGCCAAUCAUCCGCAGCAUUUGAUAGGAAAUGCUUUGCUACUGUAUUGGCCGGAUGUGUCAAUGCUGCAGUGUAAAAUCCCCGAUGUGAAAGAUUUAUUAAGUAGAAGAAUUCAUUCGGAGGGCGGGCAGAUUGAUGAUACUAUUGCGUCAGACGUCUUACCAUGUGUUGUACACGCUUGUCUCCUCGAAGAUCUGGUCUCACCCCAAGCUUCUUUCAAGAAUGACUUGUCCAAGCAUGUCUGUGCACUACUUCAAUCAGCUUCGACAUCAGAAUCAGUCAUUCAUAGACUUCUCGAUCUAAUCACUUAUCUACGCUUGAGUCCAACACCUGACGGAGAUCCCCUUGGCUGCAAUAGAUGGUUGGAUGUACCUUGGCGGCUCUUAGUUAAGCAAGCAACCUGUCUGGGUAUGCCAUCUAUGGGGUUCUUAUUCCUGGAAAUUGCACGCAAAGGAGAUGAAAUAACUAGUCUGAUAAGUAGCACUGAAAAAGAAUUUCAAGACGUUUUUCAUCUCCUUUACUCGUCAUCACUAGAUCCAGAUGCAUUCUACAGUCUUCCUCCGCGCGACCCAUCUUACUGGUUACUGGAAAAAAGCUCUCAUGAGGGAGAGUGGGACUCCAUGUUUGGUAUCAGCUACAGGGAAAGGGUUCGGACCUUUCGCAUCGAGCUAAAACAAUUCACACACUCGCUCAGUCACACUCUGGAUGUGGGCUCGAUCAACUCGCGUAUCAGGUGCUUCAAACAGCAUCUUCAAAGGAGGCAGCACAUCCUGCUCGAGAUCUUCUGGAGAAAGAAUGUUACAGUUUACCCUUUGAAUUGGCUUGGCAAGCGUCAGAGUGGGACCUUCCUCAAGCGGACCAACCUGAUUUUGACUCCUCUGCACGCUUGUAUGGAGCUCUGCAAGCAGUCAAUCGUCAAAGAGGUUUACGGAUUCAAUCAGAAAUUGUAA